UUUUUUUUUUAACUAAUGGGCAUAUUUGUCAUUCAUGGUCUUGAACUUAUAAAAUAUAGAACUUUUCUGUGGUCUUGCAUAAAUUUGGUCUUGCACUUAGUGAAACAAGUAUUGCGAAUAGCGCGCCGCGGCCUUUAAUUUAUUUGGUGGCAGCUUAACAACUUAUUCUUAUUUCUACACUUACACUCACACACUCGCACAGUCUUGUUCCCUUGUACCACUCACAGAACUCAGAAGCAGACAGAAAGAAAUAAUGAAGAAGCUGAGAUGGGCGAUGGACGGCGGUUUCUGGGAGGUUGACCUAUCGACGCCGGUGACAGUGGACGGAGUGGCUCGUCCAGCGGCGGAGGAUCCCAUUCCUUUAGGGUUGAGCCGUGGUACAAGGCUUUCUCGUCCAAAGCAGAUUGAUUUCUUUCAGCGAUUCAUGGCCAUGCCCUUUGUCCCCUCUUUCUCCGAUUCCAAUGGCCUCUCUUUCCACCGCCUAAUCUCUCUCCCUCUCCCUCCCUUUGCUCGCGACACCUGGUUUUCAACAUUGCUUGGACGGUUCGAUGUCCUCAAGUUCACAUCUUCUCUCCCCACAAGGCAAACGCAAAGGCAACAACAAGAGGACUCCGAUGCUUCUUUUUUUCAGACUGUUUGGACGCAUCUUUUGAACCCAAGCUUUUAUGCUCUCAAUUUCUGCUCGGAAUGGUUGUUAACACCUGAAGAUGCAUUGCUACUCAGCCUCGAAAAACACGGCGGCGAUCACAACAACAUUCCUAGGAAGAAGGCAGUACUUCAUCACAAGUUCCCCAAUCACAAUCUCACUAUUGAGGCAGCUUCGCCGACACUAUUUGUCGACCGUCUAGGGAAUUACUGGGAUGUUCCGUUGACGUUGGGGAUGGAUUUUGCAUCACUACCUUCUUCUGAUUCUGGGAUGAGCUGUCAUUUCUGCAUCAACCAUACUUCAGGUUCCCCCAAAAUAUAUGAUACGAGCCCUGUACCUGUACCUGUACAUGUACCUCCUAGUUUGCUUCCUGGUUUGUGUGCCAAAUGUGCCGUUUCCUUGAAAAAGAACUUGAACAUUUGGAGGAGCGAAGCACCAAAGACGAAAUUGGCGCAACCCUAUGAUAUAUUUCUCUCCAAUCCUCAUAUUUCAGCAUCCGCAAUCAUAGGUACUGUAAUAACUGCAUCUCUUGGAGAUAAUUCCGUUAGAGCCCAGGCAGAAGAUGGAUGGUUUGGAUUUGGAGCCAAAGGAGCAAAUUCUGCCAUUUCAGCUGAUCUUUUUGCAUCUGCAUCCGUCUCCGCUCAGCAUGGAAAUUUCCAGAAGCUCUUUUUGGACCUUACCCGUUUUAAUGCACGGAUAGAUGUUCCUUCCGUGUCAAAAUUUGUAGGUGGUGCCUCUCGAUUAGCUGUCGACCUCUACAAUUCUCGUCAAGCACCAAGUGUUGAAGCACUCCAGGCUAUUUUUCCUUCUGCCAGCCUUUCAUUUCAGCAGCAGAUAUGUGGACCUUUCAGCUUUAGAAUUGAUUGUGGAGUGAGUGUUGAUCUGACGAAGAAGGGCAAGGAGAAAAAGUGGUGGUAUAACAAUGUGAUUAAUGAUCCUGUUUUUGCUGCUGAAUAUGCAUUACAAGUUCUUGGUUCUGCAAAAGCUGUAGCUUGGUAUUCCCCCAAACAAAGAGAGUUCAUGAUUGAAGUCCGAUUUUUCGAGACAUGACACAAAAACACAAAAACCGCUUUUUGAAAGUUGUGAUGAAUUCAAUUGGUUCACUUCUUUCUAAACCGUUUUUGUAUUGUUGGUAAUAUAACUUAUUUUUAGUCAAAGUAGCUUUUAUAUUUACUGGAACGAUGAAGUGCACUUAUAUUUUUUAGAUUAAUUGUAUUUUUUGUAAUAUUUUUAUAUGUAUAAUUUUUAUUAUAUG